GAAGAAGAUAAGGGAAAGGAGCGUCGCGACCAAGCCGUAUACCUUUUACUUAUAGGUCACCAGCCCAUUUUAGUUAUCGUAUCCGUCGAUUCCAAUUGUUCAGCUGGUAAACCCCCAUUCCUUCUGCGCCGCCCGCUUCUUGGCCGACCCGCCGUGGUGGUUAAGUUUGGAGCAAGCAAGGGAAGAGGGAAGGCAGGCUGCCGUCCGCACGUACCAGAGACAAUGAAGGCCGUUGUCGAGAUUCUCCACACUCGGCGUGGCUGCUCGUCCGAGCUGCUGGGUUACACGGAGAGCUCGCGCGAGGCGCUGCCCGUGUUGCCUUCGCCGUCGCCGUCGCUACCUUCGCCGGCUCUGCGCGGACCUCCAUCGCCGUACCCGGCCGAAGGGGCCAUGGUCGAGUCCUGCGGCACGUCGAAGAUGUCGCCGGCUAUGACGUCGUUGGGCUCGUCGCCGAGUACGACCCGUACUCAUCGAGACAACACCGAAGGCUUAUUUUUCGCGGCCGCCUGCGGGUUAUUUGUGGUUGUGGCGGUCGCACUCGGCACGGUGUACUUCCUGAGCGUCGCCAGACAACGGGCCGCAGCCGAGCUCGCAUCGGCGAGCCUCAGGACCUGCGAGACUCGGGACUGCCAGCGGCACGCUCUGCUGCUCACCGCCGGCCUCAACCAUAGCGCGGACCCUUGUCACGACUUCGGCGCCUACGUGUGCUCGGCCUGGUCGCCCCGCGGCGGUGGCGGAAGCCGCUCGCGCCGGGGUCGCGCGACAGAAGAAGCCUUCGAGUCGCAGCUGAACGACGUCCUGAUCGCGUGGCUGGGAGGCCUGGAGGACCUCUUGAUCAGCGGUCUCGACGUGGAGAAGGCCGCCAGCAAGCCGCUGGCACUUCUGCGCAGCUGCCGGAAGCGAGGGCGACGCGCCAGCGCCGACGACCUCGACGAAUUCCGGGAGUUCAUCGUCCUGCUGGGACUGUGUUGGCCGGACGACAACUGUUGCGACGUCAGCGCCCUGGGCGUCCUCCUAGGACUCGUCUACAGGUGGGACCUGUGCUUCUGGCUGCGAAUGCGGGUACUGCGGAGCUCGAAGUCUAACGGAACCGCACGUCGCCUGGCACUGUACCCCGGUCCGAGAUUUGUCGUGCAGCGAUUCGCGGCCAGGCACACUCACUUGGUGAAGAAGGACGCCUACGUCGCAUACUGGACGCGUCACCGCGACGCCCUCUCGACGCAGAGCACUUCCAACGGGUCCUUGCGGCAUGCACCGCCUUCUCGAGAGAGCAUCGAACGAGUGGUAAAGGCUGAAUACGCCAUCGCUUCGGCGCUCUGGCGCAGCGCAGCCAAGGAGACUCUAGUGCCGAUGAACAUGGCGAUUUCGGAUUUCGGCUUCUACACGGGCAAGGUAUCCGCGAAGGAAUGGCUCGACAAGUUAAACGCCAACGUCGCGGACGAGUCGACGCCGUUCGCCAUGGGGGAUACCGUCCUCGUGGCGGACGCGUCGGUGCUAGAGGCCAUCGGGACAAUCUUCCGUGGCCACACGGACCGCGAAAUCGUGGCUCACCUGUCCUGGCAAUUCGUCCAGGAGUACGGCGCCGUGGUCGACCCGGGUCUCGGACGCCUCUUCGAGGACGGCUGGGACGGGGCGUUCUGCGCUAGGCAGGUCGAGAGGAUCUACGCUCCGCUCGUCGCGACGUUGCACUGGAAGCUUCGCACCAGCGACGCCGAGAGGCAGCUGCUGGAAGCCAAGCUGCGCAGCCUGGUGGACCGGGCGGUUCGGACGGUGAGCACCCAGGGGUGGCUUGCACAACCGGAGAGGCGUGUUGCCGUGGAUAAGCUUCGAGCGUUGAGCGUCCGGCUGUGGCUGCCGAAUCGGCUGCAGCAGAAGCUCGGGGCAGUCUAUCGCGACUUCCCCAAUGGCACGGCGGAGGACGAGUCCUUCGCGAAGACCUGGAUUAGGAGCAGGAGAGCACUCGCUCGCCAAGCUUCUGGCGACUUCCGAGAGUCGCUCGCAAGCUACACUCCAGCGCUGUCGCCGCUGGUGGUCGGGUACGACUACCUGGACAACGCCGUAGACGUUGCCGCGGCGUCGCUGACCGGUCCGCUGUACUACGCCAACGCUACUCCCGCCAUGUUCUACGGCGGCAUUGGGUUCUACUUUACCGCCCAGGUGAUGCGGUCGCUGGACUGGACGGGUCUCAGGGUCGGCGCGGACGGUCGCAUCGUUUCGCCUUCCUGGGUGAGCGAGACCAGCCGCAAGGUCGUGGAGAGCCGCUUGAGCUGUUCUACGACGGGCGUUACAAACCGCGCGCUUCUGCCUUACCUCCCGGCCCUGGAGGUGGUCAGGCAAGCCUUCUUCGAGGACGCGGCGACGUCGUCGCUCCGACUGGAGAUCGGCGACGCGCUCACUGAGCCGAUAACAUUCUUUAUGACGCUGUGCCGCAUAGCCUGUUCCAGUAUGCCGUGGGCGGGAGCGGCCGUGGACUGCAACGCGCUUCUGAAAAACUCGCGCGACUUCGCAAUGGCGUACCGCUGCAAGAUUGAUUCUCCAAUGAAUCCUUCGAGGAAGUGCAGCUUCUUCAGUUAGCGUGUUUUCUAAGGUCGCCACUCCUCCUUGUGUUGUGCUGUGUCUACUGUGUGUUCGUGUUCCUGCGGUUUAUUCCAAGCUUUACUUACCCCGGGCGAUAAUGACUGCGCUUACCGAUUGUGCGGAUCUGUCGGCGUGACACAGUUCAGGGAGGGAUGUCUAGCAGCAUGCGUGCCCUUACACUGCGCCACCUUUAGUUACGAUCAUGGCUAUAAUUUUUUUUAUGAUUGAAAAACCAGUUUAAAGAACAGCUUGACACUAAUGUGGCGUGCUUGCUGAAACCGGCACACGACUGACAUUGCCAUUUUAUAAACAUUGGUCCAGCGGGUUUGUCCAAGAAUUGAAGGCCGUUCAGUGGUGUCUCUUCCAGCUCUCGGCAUUUAACUGAGGCUAUCACCGCACUUACUGCGGGCGUUGGAUUUGACUCGAAUUCGGUGGCUGUAGUCCGUCCCAGCACACAAGUCGCUGAGGCAGUCUGUUGCGUUGACUACGAACGCGCAGUGGAAAGAACGGCUUCAUACUUGUGCUAUGUAGCUUUCAGCAGUGCAAUCGCAACACCCAUAGCUAUUGCGGAUAUGAAUCAACUUCGUUCAUUUCGUUGGGUGUAUUGUUUGCGUGAGCGCGAAGCGCAGGUAGUGUAUAAUAAAUACCCGAUGAGCGGCGUGCCUUUGGAGAGCAUCA